AUGAAAGCGUUCCUGCAGAUUCAGUUACCUUUUGAACACAGAGACGCUACAUACUUGUGGAUGAAGGACACAUCCAAGCCUCCCAACGAUAGCGAUAUCCGAUACUACAGAUUCUGCCGAGUACCAUUUGAUGCUGGACCGGCAAUACUGAAUCAAGCGCUGUUCAAACAUCUUGAGUCAUUCACAAGCAACACAUUUCGAGAGAUAUCGGAUACGCUGUAUGUCGACAACGUCUUGAAGGAAAGAACAACGAAGAACAAAUCAAUUACAAGAUCCCAACGCAUGAUCGUGCUGACUAACAUAAAAGUUUGGGGUUGCACUGGUAGCGACGACGAUCAAUUAGAAGAGAAUGUUGCUGAUCAUGCAACUCGCGGUCUUUCACAAGCAGAAGCUAGCGAUCACGUAUGGUUCAAAGGACCUCGCUGGCUCAAUGAGCAGGAGCAACAUUGGCCUGUUCGUCAGACAGAACAGCAAAGUCAAGAAGAAGAAGAAGACUCUCUCGCAAUGAUUGCCACUAUGGUAACACCUCUCAACACCCUGACAAGGCAACCAAGAACCUGGCCUACUGAAGCAGACAAAUGGAAAACAGAGUAUCUCUUGGAGCUGUGCGAACUCCACGUACUUUAUGGGAACAAUUACAAGUCAUCGAGAAAUAAUCCGUGCGUUGGUGACCUCGUGCUUAUCGAUGAUGAUCUGAAGACAUCCAGAGACCACUGGCCAAUGGGUAUGAUCGAAGACUUAGUCAAAAGCAAGGAUGGAGAAAUACGAAGCGCCGUACUUGAAACCGGAACUGGGAGAUGCGUACAGCGUCCUCUCAAUCGCCUCAUUUCAUUGGAAAUUCGCGCCAUAAUGGAUCCGAGCGCAAUGGCAAGCACUUCGCGCGACAAUGAGGAACCUCAAAGUAGCAUACAAGCUCUACCGCAACGCAAACCUCUUGAAAGAAUGGCUAAGAAACCCAUUAAUUAUAACGAAAACGUGGUAUUGGCGAAACGUCGUCCAUGGAAUGCGCUCAGCAUUUUGCUAGCCUUGACAACAUGCGCAUUUGUACAUUCUGCACAGGAACAAGUACUGAACUGCACUUACACUGGACUCAUACUCAACUUAUCGUCAAUUCCGGACCUAAACAGCAGAAGUGAAGUAUGCGUCAAUCGCAUUCAAUGCCAGAGCAUACACACGGAUCAGCAAUCCAUACAAAGUUACCUACCGCCACAUCAGCUAACUAACCCAUAUUCCGUAAAAUGGCGUGCUAUCAUGAACAUCACACUAUACGAAGAGGAAGUGAUGUCCCAGAGCAAUCAGUGUGCAAUUCCAUACAUUGCACCAUCUUCUAUUUGGCAACCCACGCUGUUUUCCGAAAACAACCAUCGCAAUGAUAGCUACGGUCAUUUACAUCGUUAA